UGUCAGAGCCCCAACUAUGUGUUUGUUUGCCCAACAGUUAGGUUACUCUGUCUGACGUAAAGUAGGUUAGCUAGGCAACCCAUGUGAGGUGAGGGGACACGGACAGACGCAUGUGAGGGAAGUUGGAACAUUUUAUGUUUUUAUCAGGAGUUCAGCAGGAGAGCGAGAGUAACACUUCAGCGCAAAGCUAGCUAGCUUCAGGCCCAGGAGGGAAGCAUGUGGCUCCUAGAGAAGUUCCGUGGUCACUCUGCGUCGGCAGGGGACAAGCAGCAGAACCAGACCGGCCCCGUCUCCAUCUACACCAACAUCAUCACCCCUGAUAAGAUCCCUGACUUCCUCAUCCCCCCCAAACUCAUCUGCUGCCCUUCAGAGGCAGAGUGCCUAACCCCGGAGACCCAGCCCCGCUCUACUCUGUGCCCCUCCGCCUCGGAGCACAUCAUCUGCAGCCAAACCCAGGGCAACUGCACCCGGAACCCCCGCAGCCCACGCCUGCUCUCCCGCCUGACCGGGGACACCCGCAGCCUAAUGAGGGCCGCUAACCGCCACAUCAUCCAGAUAGAGAGCGCUGACGAACCGGGGAGCGGGGUAGGGGAUGAGGGAGACCCUAACACCAAUGCAGACCCCCAGUCCCAGACAGCCAUGUCCCUGCCUUAUGUCCCUAAGGCCCAGACCUCGUACGGCUUCUCCACACUGGUGGAGAGCCCCCACACCCGCCGCAAGGAGUCCCUGUUCCACAACGACCCCAACAGCCCCCACACCUCCCCGGGCUCCCAGAGACGCACCCAGGGGGGGAACCACCUGACCCCCUCCGACCCAAACCCAUACCGCUAUUUCAGCGGGGGUGAGAGCGACACAUGCUCCUCAGCCGAGUCCUCCCCCUUUACCUCGCCUCUCCUCACCCGCUCUGCCUCCCUCCUCCGAUCCAUCACCCAGGAGACGCAGGCCAAGGUGUCUCGUGCCAAGCGUACCCUGGCGCGCCACAGCUCCCUGUCCACAGACGAGUGCAGCUCAGCCGACAACAGCCCCAACAUGACGCGCCGCCGCCUGCGCUGCCCUCCCUCCCCCGCGUUCCGCGGACGGAAGGGGACCGGCUCCGGGGGGGCAAGCUCAGACCUCCAGCGCGAGCACUCGGUCAACCUCCACAAGGGCGGCACGCUGAGGAUCAGCACACACUACAACGCAGAGACGGCACGGCUGAGGGUUCGAGUGCUCACCGCUGAGGACCUCUAUGACAAACAGACUGACGUGAAGAGCAUCAACUGCUGCGUGUCUCUGUACCUGAACCCAGGCAAGCAGCAGAAGCAGAGGAGCACUAUCAUCAAGAACAGCAGGAACCCCGUGUUCAACGAGGACUUCUUCUUUGACGCGGUGCCCGCCACCCAGGUCAAGAGCCUGGCCAUGAAGAUGAAGGUGGUGAACAAGGGCACCAGUCUGAAGAGAGACGUGCUGCUGGGGGAGAGGGAGGUGCUGCUCAGCGAGCUGCUGCCAGGCUUCUAGGGACACAAAGAUGCUCCCUCCCCUGGCUAUCUCCCUUAUCACCCUUCACUCGUUUACUCCAUUUGCCGGAUCUGAUAAUGAAUCAAUUAUGGCGGGCACUACGUAGAGCUAUUGCGUCACAGCAGACCUACCACAGCUCACCUACCACAGUUCACCAACCACACCACACCACACCACAG